AGUGUAGUCAUCAUUAUAAUUUCUAUUAUUACGUACAAUAAUUUCCUUUGAUUCGGACGUUUCCGUUGAAGCUAGAAGAAAUGACUAAAGAUCUCGUAAUACUUGCUUAUUCCGGGGGAUUGGACACUAGUUGCAUACUAAAAUGGUUGAUUCAAAAGAACUACGAUGUCGUUUGUUACAUGGCGGAUGUUGGACAAAAUGAAGAUUUCCAAAAGGCUAAACAAAAAGCUAUUACCAUUGGAGCCAAAGACGUAAUAGUAGAAGAUCUACGUGAAGAAUUUAUAAGUAAUUAUAUGUUACCAGCCAUACAAAUGGGUUUAGUUUAUGAGAAUCGUUACUAUCUAGGAACUUCUCUGGCUCGACCAUGCAUAUCGGUUGGACUAGUGAAUGCUGCGAAAAGACUUGGAGCAAACUACAUUUCCCACGGCGCUACCGGUAAAGGUAAUGAUCAAGUUCGAUUUGAACUGAGUGUAUAUUCACUGUGGCCUGAAGGCAAGAUAAUAGCCCCAUGGCGUCUACCUGAAUUUUUUGAAAAAUUUCAAGGACGAAGUGAUCUUAUAGAAUAUGCAAAGAAAGAAAACAUUCCUGUAGCCGCUACGCCCAAAGAACCGUGGUCAACAGAUGAAAAUAUUAUGCAUGUAAGCUACGAGUCAGGGGUUUUAGAAGAUCCCUCAGCUAUCCCUCCAAAAGGAAUUUACAAAAUGACCCGUGAUCUACAACAAACUGAAGAUUACCCAUCAAUAAUAGAUAUAAAUUUUGAAAAAGGUCUGCCUGUAUCAGUUCGAAUCCCGAGCGGCCAUGAAAAUGCCUUACUUGUUACUAACUUCUUACCUCUGGUGCAGACUUUAAAUAAGCUAGGAGGCCAACAUGGAAUUGGUCGUAUUGACAUCGUUGAGAAUCGCUUUCUUGGAUUGAAGUCAAGAGGACUGUAUGAAACACCAGCUGGUACAAUAUUACACAAAGCGCAUAUUGACCUAGAAGCAUAUGCUCUUGAUCGAGAAGUCUUACGAGUAAAAAAAUACCUUCAAGAUAAAAUGGCGGAUUUCGUUUAUAAUGGAUUUUGGUUUUCUCCUGAGGCUAAUUAUACAAAAAAAUGCUUAGAGUUAUCACAAGAAUCAGUCGCUGGAACAGUUACAAUCCAAAUUUUCAAAGGAAAUGUAACCAUUUUAGCCAGAAAGAGUUCAACAGCUAGUCUCUAUAACAAGGAAUUAGUGUCUAUGGACGUCGCCGGUGGUUUUUCACCAGAAGAUAGUACUGGAUUUAUAAAUAUAAAUGCAUUACGUCUCAAAGAAUAUUCUAGAUUUACAAAAUAUACAAAAUUUUAAUUUUUUUUUUGGAAUCAUGAUUUACCUUUUCGGAUACCAUCACAUUUUAAGUAUGCCUCAAAAGGCAACCCUAUGUCACAGAAAGUUAUACUAGUACCAAAAUACAUUAUAUUUUUCCAAAAAAAUCCAAUACCCUACGACCUGCACGCCGCCUAUUAUAUAUUGAUGUUAAGUUAAAUUUUCUAUAACUCACAACAACGGCUAUUCUUAAACAUAAUUGGAAGUACACAAUGGUAUAGUAACACAUAAUAAUAACAUAUGUAAUGUAAUAAAUAAAUAAUAGGAAAGCUGCGCUCUCUCAAUAAAUCUCUGGCCCUAAAUCUGGUCAUAAACAAUAGGUUUCAGAGUUACCUAACCCAUAUAGCCAUAAGACCACUUUUUGUAUCUUAAUUUAUAUAAUUUAAUCUGUACUUUAUGUUACUGUAUUUCAGUUACUUAAUUUUCUAAUUGUCAUUGUAUAUUUUUAUAUUUUUGGUGCAAUAAAGAGUUAAAUAAAUAAUUGGAUAAACGUAGAUUAUGUACAUACCUAUUUUUUAACGUUUUAAUCACGUUACAGAAGAACACUAUAGAAACAUUUGAUUUUUAUGAAACCUAAGUUAUUAACUUAUAUAUUUUGAUAUAUUUUAUUAGACUAGUAGAAAAAUAUCAACUUUCUCACCUUUCACGUCAUUUUGUGAAACUUUUUUGUACCGGUAGUUUUUAGAGUACUUUGAAGAUUCUACCCAGUGAUAUCGCCUCUGCCUUCUCUUCCCCCCCCCCCCCCCCCGUGUCCCUUAUUAUGCUUUUUUAUUUUCUAUAUUUUCUAAUCGUAUGACAAUUAGUUUACAAUAUACAAGCUCGCAUAGUAGACAACGCUGCGAUCUUCAUAUAUAAUAGUUGUGUCCAAUACAUAACUUAUUUUGCAUAAUUAUUAAAAAAAAAUAUGUUAUAUUUUUCAUUUAUUUUAUUUAUUACUUUUAAAUAUUUAUUUAUUGAAUCACCAAAAUAAGAUACAGCAAAACAUUUCAAUACAAUAAAUACAUUGACAGAUUAAAUCUAACUGUUCUUACAUUUAUCGGCAAACACAGCGUGCUUCGUGUUUGAUAAACAUUAAAAUGGAAUUCAAUUAUUAAAUGUCAUUAAAUAAAUAAAAUAUAGUACAAU